AUGAGCGGCGGGGUAUACCCCAUGGACCACAUGCAAUAUGAGGAACCACAAACCCCAUCAUCUCGAGGCUUUGGCUCCGAAAUCUUCAAAAUCUUUGGAGGUAAUGGCAGCGCCCAGAAUCAGAAUGCGAAUGCCCAGAAGAAGGCGACUCGAGAUGGUCAACAGCCCAAGCGACGAGGACCGAAGCCCGACAGCAAGCCGGCGUUGACUCGGCGACAAGAAUUGAACCGCCAGGCACAGAGGACGCAUCGCGAGCGCAAGGAACAAUACAUGCGAGCACUCGAGACCGAGGUGUCGCGAUUACGGGAAGCAUACACGACGGAGAUCGCAGAUGCCAACGCCACGAUUCACCAACAAAAGGGCGCGAUUCAUGCAGUACGGGAGGAGAACGAGAUCCUCAAGGAGAUCCUGGCAGCACACGGAGUUCAAUAUGAAGCCGAAUUCGAGCGACGACGGGCGGAGCGCCCGCCCAUGCCUUUCGAUUCCAGUCCCGUUGCUGCGAGCAGCACUGCAUCACAAUCGGUGCCUCGUACAACCUCAGUCAGCAACCAUGAUACGACCCCGGCGACCACCCUCUCCGACAUGAGCCCGCGUGCUAAUGGGAUGGACCACUCCGAUGUCUCGCCCUCGAUCGGAUAUGGUGGUCAGCAAGUCUACCAGACUAGCCCUGGUGAACAAUCCAUGUCGAUGGAUCAUUCGUCAUUUACGCCGGUGGAUUCCAUGCAACCUAUGCCGCCCGUGCCUAUGCAAAAUCUCCGCGGCGUGUUCGAGACAGAUCCCCAGCUUCAAGUUGAUUUCAUAUUGACGCUAGAAGGACCCUGUCGCGAACACACGGAUUAUCUCUGUCGACGAUCCGUCACCGAAGCCGACGACGAAGACAUGCCAUUCUCCGGGCAUGCUUUGAUGGCUACCUGCCCGCCACCAAGUUAUAUCGAGAAGACAACCCACGAACAACCAUACCCGCACAAGGCGCCGGAUCUGCCUCACGCAAACCUAAGCACCCUCCUCAAUCUCAGCCGACAGCUUGUGACAGAGGGCCAAAUCACACCAAUCAUGGCACUCCAGUGUCUGAAGAACCACGAGCUAUACCCGACUCUCCGUCGCGACGACGUCAAGAUCAUCAUCGACACACUAAACACCAAGGUCCGAUGCUACGGCUUUGGAGCCGUGGUCGAGGACUUUGAGUUGAUAGAUUGUCUUAGCAGCGUGCUUGGCACAAAGGUUGAUCUCGGCAUGUCUGGUACAGCCGACGAGUCGAUGUAUGGCUGA